AUGCCACCAGAGAGGUGUAUAAGCCGAAUUGCUUACAUGUAUCCUAUACUAGCAGAUGCGGAUCACGAUGGGAUAUGCCGUGACAACCUCCACAAUCCCGAGAUGGAUCGCCGGAGGCUGAUACGCAUCAACGGCAGGAGGGUGCCCGGGACUUGCGAAUGGAUCCGGAACAACGUGCUCUAUCGCUCGUGGUCGACCUGCUCCCAGCCGAGCUCGGAUACGCCCUUGCUCUGGAUCAGCGGGGGUCCUGGCAUGGGUAAGACAAUGCUCUCCAUCUUUGUAGUCGAGGAGCUCGAAGCACGGGCAAGGCAGGAGCCUUUGGUGACGCUGCUGUUCUUCUUCAGCUCGAGCAACGAGGCGGACCGCAACACAGCGGUCGCCAUCCUCAGCGGGCUACUGUUCCAGCUCAUCGAGCAGCACCCAGGCCUGGCCAAGCACGCCUCCUACUACCUGAAGCCUAGCCACGUGGUGAGCUCGCUAGCCUCGUUCGACACGCUCUGGCACAUUUUCGAGAGGAUCCUCGGCGACCUAGCGCUCCAGACGGUCCAGUGUGUCCUGGACGGACUGGACGAGUGCGAGAGGGAGUCGGCGGGCUGGCUGCUGACGGAGCUCGAGGGCCAGGCGCGGUCGAGCGCAGGGCGGUUCCGGCUGCUGGUGCUAAGCCGGGAGAUGGAUGGCCUGGGGGGCUUCACCCGGCUGCGGCUCGAUCCCAACAACGACAAGCCGCUAGCCAGCGACAUCGAGCGGUGCAUCGCCGACGGCGUCAGAAGGCUUUCCCGCCUAGACGGGAUUGCGUUAAAGGUGUGUGACAUGCUCCAGGCCAAGUCGGACGGCACGUUUCUCUGGGUGGGCCUAAUUCUGAAGGAGCUGGCCAAGAAGAAGACGAGCCAGGAGGUAUGGGAGACAAUACACAGUCUGCCCAAGGGCCUGGACAAGAUCUACUCUCGCAUCCUAGACCAGAUCACGCCCCAGCAGCAGGACGAGAGCGCGCGGCUCCUGCGCUGGGUCGCUACGGCGAUGCGCCCGCUGCGGCUUGAAGAGCUGCAGGAGCUGCGAGGGCUGGCGGGAUGCGGUGGUGGUGGGCCGGGAUACCUUAUCAGCAGCCUCCAGGCGUGCCGCGAGCAGGUGGUCUGCUGUGAGGAACUCUUGAGGAUUCACGACGACGCCGUCCAUCUCGUCCACCAGUCGGCCAGGGACUAUCUGCUGGGCGCCGCGAAGCCGUUUGGUAUCCGGCCUGAGGAGGCGCACCUCGAGCUCGCCAGGCACUGCCUGAGCUGCCUGGAGCAGAGUGAGGCGCAAAGCCCAUCGCCGCUCCGGGAAUAUGCCAUCAUGUACUGGCCAGAGCACGCUCGGCAGUCGAAGCAGCACGCCAACAAGGUCCUGGAGCGGUCGCGACCCUUCUUCCGCGACGGCUCUCCCCUGGGGCUGCGCUGGUGGCAGGUGUAUCGCAGGACCAAGGAGCCGGGAGCGGACGAUGCGCCGCCCGGGGGGAAGAUGUCGUGGCUGCACGUGGCUGCUCACUUCGGGAUCAAGUCGUUUGUCGAAAAGACGCUGACCGACGACGCCUGGAGGUUUUGGAGCCGCAAGAUCACCGAGCGCGACGACCUCGGCCGCACGCUCCUCCACUGCGCCGCGAGCGGAGGGCACCAGGACAUGGUAGAGCUGCUCCUUCGCCACCGCGCCGAUGCCAACGCAAAGGACGGCCGGGGCGGGACCACGCUCAUGUGGGCGGCAGCGCAGGGCCAUCAGGGAGUCACGGACCUGCUCAUCAAGCAUGGAGUGGACGUCAACGCCAAGGAUCAGAGGAGGCAGACGGCGCUGGGCAAGGCGGCGAGGCAGGGACACCUGGAGAUUGUGCGGCGCCUACUCGAUCUCGGCGCCGACGUGGAGGCCGAGGAUAACCGGAAGCGAAGGCCGCUGGGGCUUGCGGCGGAGCAGGGUCACGAAGCCGUCGUGGAGGCGCUGCUGAAGCGGGCGCCGCAGGUCGACAGCCAGGACUUCUGGGGACAGACGGCGCUGAUGAGGGCGGCACGGCGAGGCCACGCCGCGAUAGUCCGGACGCUGCUCGGCCACGGCGCUGACGUCCACAAGCGGGAGAGGCUCGAUGAGCAGACGGCGUUGAUGAUGGCCGCCGCGGGCGGGCACAGGGCCAUUGUCGCGCAGCUGCUGGGGCACGGCGCCCAUGUCAAUGGCCAAGAGAGGCGCGGCGGACGUACAGCGCUGAUGAUGGCCGCCGAGGCAGGGCACGCGACAGUGGUUGAGGAGCUCCUCGGGCACGGCGCUGACGUCGACCGGCAGGAGAGAGGCGGCGGCCGGACGGCGCUCAUGUGGGCUACGGAGCGCGACGAGGAGCAGGACGCCGUAGUUCGUCUCUUGCUGGAGCACAAAGCCAGCCCCGACAAGCGGGACUGCAUGGACGGACGGACGGCCCUGAUGAGAGCCGUCCUGCAGAAUCACGCGACGGUGAUGGAGCUGCUGCUCGGCAGCGGUGCCGACACAAACGUCAACGAUGAGGCUGGCGUGACACCACUGAUGCUGGCGGUCGAAGGAGGCCACGCCAUGGCGGCGAGCCGGUUGAUCGCCCUCGGCGCCAAGGUCAAUGCGCAGGAUCGCUCGCGGAAAUGGACGGCCUUGACGCGCGCGGUGGAGCGGAACCACGAGGAGCUCAUCUGCCUACUCCUGGACAACGGCGCCGAGAUCGAUGCCCGGAGCACUCCGCAACAAGACACGGCGCUGAUAACGGCCUCGGAGGAGGGGCGUGAGUCCAUCGUGCGGCUGCUGCUCGACCGCGGCGCCGAGAUCGAUGCCCGGGACUGGGCCGCCAGGACGGCACUGAUGAGGGCCGUCGAUAGGGAUCAGGAGGCGGUGGUGCGGCUUCUGCUGGAGCGCGGCGCCGGCAUCAACGUCAACAGCUGGGAGGAGGGCACGGCUCUGAUGAGAGCGGCGCGGCGUGGGAAUUCAGCCGUGGUCGAGCUGCUACUGGCGUCUGGCGCCGACGUCGAUGCCAAGGACCAGUUCAGGGGGCAGGACGCGCUCAUGGCAGCCACCACGGCCGACCACGCACCCGUCGUCCAACUGCUGCUCGACCAUGGUGCCGAUGCCAACGCGCGCGGCCUUCGCGGCGAGACGGCCUUGAUGGCCGCAGCUGAGCGUGGGAAUGACUUUACCACGCUGCUCCUGCUCUCCCGCGGGGCUGCCGCCGGCGCGACCGACUUGGAUGGCCACACGGCCCUGACUAGGGCGUCGCAGCGAGGCCACAGGGCCGUCAUCACCUUGCUGAGCUCGGCCCUUUCGGCGGAACCGUCACAGUGGUUUGACGAGAAGAGCAAAGCAGGCUGA